UGAAAGUUAAGAAAAAUUUGAUGUAACUAACAUGAACGUUCAUGACGAUAUAAAUGAAACUUUUGAAUUACCUCUAAAAAAUCAAUUCGAAAUGCAAUCAUGCAAAAUAGACGAAUCAGAAAACAGACCAAACAUCGCAUUAAAAAGGAUCGGACUGGAAUUGGACAAAGCAGAGACCAAAUGUUUCACGUUAAAGUCAGAGUUAAAUUAUGUGAUGGAUGUUUGUCGAAAGGCUCAAACGGAAAAAGGAAGUAAAGAAGCUUCUGACAUUUCAUCAAUAAUGUCAUUUAAAAAUUCAGAUUCAAAGUCUUCAUUCAAACGUAAUAACUGUACUAGCGAAAUUAUGGAUGUCAAUAGAACUACAAACUGUAACAUAUCUCAGAGAAUUCAUAACAACGAAGGAAAUUUUGAUGCAUUUAAUUUGAGUCCAAAGUCUGCGCAGUUUUCAUCUAGAAAAAUAAACGAUGAUAACAUUAUCGAGAGAUCUGAGAGUUUAAUGGAGGGAAGUCAGAAAGGAUUAUUGAACGUUACAAUUACACCGAGAACUCAAUUUAUAGAUAAGAAACUUCCUCGUUUGAUAACAAUGCCAACUCAGAAUAUGGAAGAAGACGCGAGUAAAGAAUAUGAAAGUCAUUAUUUUCCGUCGAAUAUGUCCCUCGAGAGAAUGACAUUGCAAGCGGACGACAAGGAUUAUCUCCACGCAACGCCGUGUUCUGCGAGGCCAGGUAUCAAAGAUGUUGAAGGUGUUGAAGAUCCGGGAUUGAAUUUGAACACGCUGAAUAUCGCAAAAAUAAGACGAUUGAUGAAAAGUAGAUCGAAAACGGGAAGAAGCGAAAUGAACUCCGUGUGCAGGGCGGAUAACGCGAUGCCUAAAGUGCGAAAGAAAAAGACAAAGUUACGAAGUUCCAUUUCCAAGAGCACAGUUACUACCAGAGACACGGGUUUUAUUGGUAGAAAAGAAGCGAAGAAGCACCGGUAUAAAGGCCUUGUCAUUAAUCGUCAACCUCUCAUCAAUCGUUUAUCAAACGUUUAUCAACCAAUCCAUCAACCAACAUACGAUCCGCCAAAGCAUGCGAAGAAGUCUAAUGAUGUCGUGGAAAUUUUUCAUAAUAUUAGAUUAAAGAAAAAUAAUUUCGGGGUGUCCAUUAAGCACUCUAAAGACAAUGAAGCUAAGUAUGAAAAAAAACUGCAUCUUCCUGAGGACAAGGAAAAUCCAAAAAGAAUUCAAGAGACAGUGUUAAGUCCAAAAGAUAGACAUUCUAAAAAUAUUAAUCAGAAAUAUCAAUCCCAUGAUAAGAAAAAUGAACAGGAUCAUUGUCUUCAGAUAUUAAAUUGUCAAAGCAAUACAUUGUCAGAAGCGAAGUCCGAGAUAACGAAAAAACAAGAUAUAUCAAAAAAACCGACCCAUUCGACACACAACGAUCUUAGUCCAGCGGCACAGAAUGAAACGCAACAAUGCAAACGAACUAUCAACAGAUACGACGAUCCAUUGUUCACGCCGAACUACGAAAUGCCAACUUUGGCGUCGAAGUUAAAACGCUCGAGUAGAUCGUAUUUCAGCAGGUUUAACUUUCGAAAUAUUCCAUUCGUGGUGGGAACUUCGGUGACCCCGAGUUACAAUCUCGGAUUGAAUAUUCAACAAGUGUUCAGCGUGAUGAAGAUGAGACAGCCGAUCGCGAGCAGUGUCACCCCGUUAUUGAUUCGCAAAGUUAGCAGAGGCAUGAGGCCGAUGUCAGUUCUUCUGGGCCAGAUGAACGGUCACUGCGAGGGAUCGGUCCCCAACAUGAGCUCGCAAAUGACUGGAAUGCUUAAAUUUAACAGCAGGGAGAACUUUGGUCGAGAUAAAAGAUUGUCCAUGUUUAAUUUACACGUGGGAAAGACGCAAAGUGGCCGUAUGCCAAAGACGUUCACGGAUGCAGAAAUUAUUUAUGAAAAAGAGAAUGUUUCUAAACAGCUUUGUAAAGAGAAAGUUGAUUCUUCCAAUCACAAGACUAAACAGCAAUCUUCUUCCGCUGCGAGCAAAAGCGACACUUCGGCGAAUCCUAAAAUUCAGCAAGGAACUUCGAGGAUAUCGUUAAAGGGUAAUAUUGGCGAUCAUAAAAUGCGUAUUCCUGAUUCGCACAAUUCUAAGGAGAUACGUGACGUCUUGAUUAAUCUUCACGAUCAAUUUGAAGAGAUGAACACAAAAUAUGAGAGAUUACGAUCAGAAGUGGACAAGUCCAACGAUAAAUCUUUAGCGAAGGAAUUGUCCGCUUUGGAGAAGGAACUCAAUGUCAAGGAAGAAGAAAUCAACGCUGUUGUCAAUCUCUACAAAGAAGUAAUGACACUGAAACAACAAAUGAAGACGUUGCACGAAAGAAACAGUCUAGUUUGCAUCGCGACCGAGUCGACCAAGGGAACCAAUAAGGAUUCUUUUCCCAUAUCUGUUAUACCUGAAAAAUCGCAGAUUUUUGGUCGAAGAAAAAUUUUCAAUGCCACACGAGAGCCGCCCACUUCUAUGCAGCUGGCUGCGUUAUUACGGCAGAUUCAAACUUUUCAUAAGCAAUUGCAGCUCGUGUCGUAACGUAACAUCGAGUCACGAUAAAAGAGCAAGAAAAUGGAAUAAAAUUGGAGUUAUUUUUAUCAAACUGCCUACACAUUGAAAUUUUAGUAUUUCUGAAUCGCAGAAUAGAGGGCAUUAAUUUUUUCUUCUAUGAUACGAAAAACAUAUUUAAAGGCGCAUUUGAAUUUCCCAAGCGGUCUCAUGUAUUAUUUUAUUUUUGUUUAACUUUUCUUUGAGUUUCAUUUUGCGCACAUAGCGCUUGUAAGCACUAUUUGUCACCCCUAGUGAACAAUGACUACGUUUACACGGCUCGAUGUACGUCGAAGUUAUAAUAUCGAUAUUAUAAAACUGACCAAUUACAGUCACUCCAUUCUUCAGAGAAAUAGCUAUGAUUGGCAAUUUCAUAACAUCGAUGUUAUAACUUUAUAAACGCAGUAAAUAAGGAUGAAAUGAUAUACAGGGAGACACUCGAAUGGGGAAUCCGAACGUAGAACGUUGGGAGGUGUUUCUACUUUUUGUUCUUCUUCAAGGCGAUAAACAAGAACAAAUAUUUUCAGCAGAUCAUAUUCCAUUUUAUUCAAUUCUGUCUACUACCCCAUAAUAAUGUGUAUUAUUCGUUCGUAUGCGUGUUACGGUUGUAUGUAAUUCAUAUAUACGCAGCUCUCCGUCUUGUGUAUAUAUGUGUGUGUGUAUAUUUGUGUAUGUGUAUACCUCUAUACAUAUAAUAUAUUUAUAUAUAUGUAUAUACAGAAUCAACAUGUGUGUAUAAACGCCGAAGGUGGUUUUCUUAGGACUCUUGCUAGAGACGGAUUCAUCGUCGUCGCGGCUUCCACGGUCGAUUGUAAUUUUGUCAGUUGCACAGCUACGUACGACGAUAUCCAAGAGAAAUUGAAUGUUACGCUAUUGAUUUCUUUUUUUUACACUUUUUUUCGUUUCUUUCUGUCGUAAGAUUCUAAUCUCUCUAGAUAUGUUCGUAGAUCAUGUGAUCCGCAUGGCGUAUCUAGCGUUCUUUCUUUUUUAGUACUAAUUAAACGAUUCGUAAUCUAGCCUGUCUCUUAGCUUCGCUAAAUAAAGUGAUUUUUGCUUCCCUCUGUAUUCUGACUUCUUUUCAAAAGUAUUCCUGCUUAUCUCUCUCUCUCCCUUCCAUUCAAAGCGUCUACACAGAAUCACGCGAUCUAUUCUUAUGCAUUAAAGAUACUAUCCGCUACAAAAUGUAUCUUAGUUAACGUUAAUAUAAAAUGUUAUCUUAGAUACAUAUAUAUAUAUAUGAUAAUACUAAUUUGCUCUCUCUCUUUCUUACUAGUGGAGGGGCGCUUAGAUGCACCCGCGAGAAAUAAAAACAUUCCUGUGGGCAUUAAAUACAAAAUUAAUUUUCUCUCAUAAACAGCGCAAUCCUUUUGACAGUACGGAUGGAGGACAACAGUUCUGUGACGAACGGAAAAUGAUCUCGUCGCAGCGAUAAAAUGCUCUUACUGUCGCACAAUUUGUUGCUACAUAUUAAAUGAUGGAGUAAUUAAAUAGCAACAGAUUUAAGACAGACUUAAUUUCAAGGAUUGUCCAAUUAACAAAGUGAUAUAUCCUUGUUGGAUUUCUUAUUUCAAUAUUUAUAUUCGAAUAUUUAUUUUCAUAUUCACUCUAAUUAUUGAUGCGUCUAUAAAAAAUCCAUUUUCUCACUUCUUGUAUUCUGUAUGAUUACUUUGUCUCCAACCGUUCUUUCGAAAAAGGACUCUGCUUUAUGCUGUCAUCAGAUCUUCUAUAAGAUCUUCUAAAGAUAUCGCCGACUUCAAUUAUCUCUUGCAAAGAAAACAGCGGAAAAAUCAUCUCCCCUUAUUCCGGUCUUCUACAAAAUUGUUUUCACAGAAGGAAGAAAAUAGAAAUGGAACCGAGUACUCCACACACACAUUCUCCCAUCUUAACGCAAAUAUAUCUCUCAUUAUAUCACAGACUAAAAAAUGCUUUGGUCUAAAGAAUCGUCUUGUUCUUUUUUUGUUUUUUUACUCACUUUUGUUAAUUAGAACGAACGUACGUUUCGCAUUUACGUGUUUGCGACUGGCUUCGCUGUCGCGCGUUAAUGUAUAAUUAUUUUCGAAAAUGUUAAUUUUUG